CACCUGGGAGACCCAACUGGAGACCAGCCUGGAGACCCAUCUAGAGAUCAGCCCGGAGAUGAGCUUGGGGACAUGCCCAGGGAUCAGCCUGGAGACCAGCCUGGAGAUCCACCCAGGGACGAGCCCGGGGACCCAUCUGGAGAUCAGCCCGGAGAUGAGCUUGGGGACAUGCCCAGGGAUCAUCCCAGAGACCAGCCCGGAGAUCCAUCCAGGGACAAGCCCGGAGACCCAUCUGGAGAUCAGCCCGGAGAUGAGCUUGGGAACAUGCCUGGGGAUCAGCCCGGAGACCAACCCAGAGACCCACCCAGGGACCAGCCCGGAGACCCAUCUGGAGAUCAGCCCGGAGACAAGGUUGGGGACAUGCCAAGGGAUCAGCCCAGAGACCAGCCCAGAGAUCCAUCAGGAGAUGAGCUUGGAGAUGAGCCUGGGCACGUGUCUGGGGAUCAGCUCAGAGACCAGCCCAGAGACUCACCCAAGGACCAGCCGAGAGACCUAUCCGGAGACCAGCUUGGGGAUGUGCCUGGGGAUCAGCCUGGAGACCAGCCCAGGGACCUACCCAGGGACAAGCCUGGAGACCUGCCCAAGAACCUGCCUCACGAAAAGAUCAAUAAGUGCCCCGUGACAUCCACUCCAUGUACAUCUUGUGACCAGCAAACCACAGACACCUGCCUCAUCCGGAGCAGAAUGGAGAACAGCAAAAGCAGCGUAUGCAAAACUAUCCUGGUGACUUGCCAAGACAGGACAGAUGAUAUAAUCGAGAGAGUCAUGGCCGAGCACAACUUGGACCCAAAGGAAUCGGGCAACUACCAACUCGUGCAGCUCAUCUCAGAGACCAAAGCAUUAGUCUUCCCAGAUGGGGCGAAUGUAUAUUAUGGAAUGAACAGCCAAGGAAGAUUGGACUUCAUCGUAAGAGAAAGGCGGUGGCCAAUUAUCCGCCCAGGCCCAGGCCUGCAAAAGAACAAGAGGGGCCUAUUUAGCCUGUUCAGAAAAGGCAAGAGGGGCAGCUGGAAAAGGACAAGGAACUGACUUAUAGGACAUUCACAGG